AUGAUUUGGGGUGGGAGAGAGCGCCACAGCACACCCCCACCACCCAUCAAACAUAAAACAGAAGCUUACCUUCAAUAAGUUAGUCCGCAGUAAAUUAUUUAAAACCUGUGUUUAAAAAAAGUUGUGAUUUAAUGUUUGUGUGAAUGUUAAGGAUCACAGACAGCUCCUGAAUUUUUAGAGUUGAUCAUUUUUGGCUUGAAUGCAACUUCAAUGUAGCGUUUUCUCCAAAGCCAAACCAAAAUUGGAUUAUAUGGCAGGGUGGGGACAUAGUUUCAGUUCAUCAGAACCAGCAGGUGUGGCUACUGGACUGUGAAGAUCUGCUCUGACCCCAACAAGAACAUUGAAAGCUGGAAUACGACAACAGAAGAAAUGAUGUCUUGUCUGUACAGUUCAGUUCUUUUCAUUUGCUUGCUGCCAUCAGUGGUCCCCCUUUUCUGUUACACCUGUGUGUUUCCUGCUAUCUCCCCUCUGGACUGCAUCAGAUACCCCACCAUAUGUGGCCCAGGGCAGCGCUGCCUAUCCAGCAAGGCCAUUGGACAGAGAGGGGAGUUUCAGGUGGUCCUGUAUGAGAAGAGCUGUGUGUUGCCAGCGUUGUGUGGGAUCACUGGAGAGAAGUUUGCGAUGGGUUUAAACUUCACCUUCACCAACGAGUGCUGUGAUACUCUCCUGUGUAAUGAAGCGUCAGCCAGUUCUGGGGGUUUCUACACAGCGACCCUCCUCUCUCUUGCUCUCUCACUUCUCUUUUUACAGUGACCUUUCAGAAGAACCAUCCUGUGAUAUUGUGCAAUAUUUACUGAUCACAUUUUUAAAUUUAUUAAUAUCACAUACUCUUUUCAGGAAUAUUAGAGUCUGCUUGCAAUCUGUGCUUGGGUAACCACUAACUGUGGCAAAAUAAUGUUUUUUCCUUUAAUGCUUAGAGAUUUUUUUAUGAUAACUGAUAUACUGUCCUAUAUUACAUCAUGAUCUUUAUGGUGAUUUAAGAUUAAAACAGUAAGGGACAAUGGAAGUCACUGCCCUGCCAUCUCUGUGAUUUCAGUCUAGUCAGGUUUACCUCAGAUCUCUAAACUGUGUAAUAGGUAGCUAACAUAAAUAAUAGCCACGUAUAGACACUCGGGACACUAGUAGAUUAAAUGGAAAUAUUAAUAUAACUAAGGAUUUAUUAAUAGUAACAGUCUCCCACAUAUCCAUUGCUGAUGGCUAGUGAAAUUAGCAGCUUUGUAGGACUUGUGAUCUGUGGAUCCCACAAAGAAAUAUGAUUUGCAAAAUUUAUCUACAAUAAACCAUUUUACAUCAACAA